AUGGAGGGGGCUGAGCGGGAGAGUCUGCUGGGCUGCGUCCACGGUGUCUCGGGGCCCGUGGUGACGGCCACCCGCAUGGCGGGGGCGGCCAUGUACGAGCUGGUGCGCGUGGGGCACGCGGAGCUGGUGGGGGAGAUCAUCCGGCUGGAGGGGGACACGGCCACGCUCCAGGUCUACGAGGAGACGUCGGGGGUGCGGGUGGGGGACCCGGUGCUGCGCACGGGGAAGCCGCUCUCGGUGGAGCUGGGACCCGGCAUCCUGGGCUCCAUCUUUGACGGGAUCCAGCGCCCGCUGCGGGACAUCGCCCAGCUCACCCGCAGCAUCUACAUCCCGCGGGGCGCCAGCGUCCCCGCGCUGCCGCGCCACCUCUCCUGGGACUUCGUCCCCAGCAAGGACGUGCGGGUCGGGAGCCACGUCACCGGCGGUGACAUCUACGGGACGGUGGCCGAGAACUCUCUCAUCCAGCACAAGAUCAUGGUGCCGCCGCGCAGCCGGGGCACCGUCACCUACAUCGCUCCCCCCGGGCACUACAGUGUCUCGGCCACGGAGCACGCGGCAUCCAGCUGCUCUUCUGUUUUCCCGACCGAAGUUUCCAACUUCUUGGGUCUUGCCGAGGAAAACAUUCCCUGGAGUAAAAGUUGCGGACAAGGACCUGGUUAA